AUGACGGUGAUGUCGGGCGAGAACGCGGACGAGGCUUCGGCCGCCCCGGGCCACCCGCAGGACGGCGGCUACGCGCGGCCGGCCGAGCACGACGACCACGAGUGCUGCGAGCGCGUGGUCAUCAACGUCUCCGGGCUGCGCUUCGAGACGCAGCUCAAGACGCUGGCGCAGUUCCCCGACACGCUGCUGGGCGACCCGAAGAGGCGCAUGCGCUUCUUCGACCCGCUGAGGAACGAGUACUUCUUCGACCGCAACCGGCCCAGCUUCGACGCCAUCCUCUACUACUACCAGUCGGGGGGCCGGCUGCGGAGGCCGGUCAACGUGCCGCUGGACAUGUUCUCCGAGGAGAUCAAGUUUUACGAGCUGGGCGAGGAGGCCAUGGAGAAGUUCCGCGAGGACGAGGGCUUCAUCAAGGAGGAGGAGCGCCCUCUGCCCGAGAAGGAGUUCCAGCGCCAGGUGUGGCUGCUCUUCGAGUUCCCCGAGAGCUCGGGGCCCGCCCGGGUCAUCGCCAUCGUCUCGGUCCUGGUCAUCCUCAUCUCCAUCGUCAUCUUCUGCCUGGAGACGCUGCCCGAGUUGAAGGGUGACAAGGACUUCACGGGCACCGUCCACCGCCUCGACAACACCACGCUGGUCUACAACGUGAACAUCCUCACGGACCCCUUCUUCAUCGUGGAGACACUGUGCGUCGUCUGGUUCACCUUCGAGCUCCUGGUGCGCUUCUCCGCCUGCCCCAGCAAGGCAGCCUUCUUCCGCAACAUCAUGAACUUCAUCGACAUCGUGGCCAUCAUCCCCUACUUCAUCACGCUGGGCACCGAGCUGGCCGAACAGGAGGGGAACCAGAAAGGCGAGCAGGCCACGUCGCUGGCCAUCCUCAGGGUCAUCCGGUUGGUAAGGGUCUUUAGAAUCUUCAAACUCUCCCGCCACUCGAAGGGCCUCCAGAUCCUGGGCCAGACCCUCAAAGCCAGUAUGAGAGAGCUAGGGCUGCUCAUCUUUUUCCUCUUCAUCGGGGUCAUACUGUUUUCUAGCGCAGUGUACUUUGCCGAGGCGGAAGAAGCUGAGUCGCACUUUUCCAGUAUCCCCGACGCUUUCUGGUGGGCGGUGGUGUCCAUGACCACCGUGGGAUACGGUGACAUGUACCCUGUGACAAUUGGAGGCAAGAUCGUGGGCUCCUUGUGCGCCAUCGCCGGUGUGCUGACAAUUGCCCUGCCCGUACCUGUCAUUGUGUCCAAUUUCAACUAUUUCUACCACCGAGAAACCGAGGGGGAAGAGCAGGCUCAGUUGCUCCACGUCAGCGCCCCUAAUCUAGCCUCUGACAGUGACCUCAGUCGGCGCAGCUCCUCCAUCGUCAGCAAAUCUGAGUACAUGGAGAUCGAAGAGGAUAGGAAUAAUAGCCUAGCCCGCUUUAGACAGGCCAGCGUCAGAACUGGCAGUUGCACCGCAGCUAACCAAAACUGCGUUAAUAAGAGCAAGCUACUGACGGAUGUUUAAAAAGACAAGCAAAGAAACUAAAAAGCCCCCCCCGCCCCCCCCGCACCACUUAGCAGCUUGAAAGACCUAAAACUCCAAACCCAACCCAACCCCCAGUGACCCAGGUCACUCCUUGUAGGUACUUUCCCAAAUAGCCUUUGAAUACUCUAUUGAACUGUCCAUGCGUUGUUGCAUUGCCAGCGUUGGUGGGGGGGGGGGGGGGGGGCGUGGCAAACCCGAAGCCUUCGGGAGCCAU